UGUGAGGCGCGGGCGGGCGGUGCUGCCCGCCGCUGGGCCGGCGCUGUGAGGCGCGGGCGGGCCGCGGCUCGGCCGGUGCUGCCCCCGCCCCGCCGGCCGGAGCCAUGGGGGACGUGAAGAACUACCUGUACGCCUGGUGUGGGAGGAGGCGGGUGACGCCGGCCUACGAGAUCCGCGCCGGCGGCGGCCGCAGCCGCCAGACCUUCCAGUGCGAGGUUCGAGUGGAAGGCUUUAACUAUGUUGGCAUGGGUAAUUCCACUAACAAGAAAGAUGCGCAGAGCAACGCUGCUCGAGACUUCAUCAAUUACUUAGUUCGGGUGAAUGAGAUGAAGAGAGACGAAAUUCCUGCGUUUGGACCAGCUGUAGGUGAUACGCCCAGUGGAGGAUCUGAAGCAGCUAGAGAUGUUACUGGUUCCAGUCCUACUUUGGGUGGACCUCUUCCUCCACAUUUGAUUAUAGAGGCUGAAAUAGGCAAUGGCUUAGGUACAACACCUGGAAACAGUGGCAAUCUUGGAGGUCAGUGGGAUCGAGGUGCGAAUUUGAAAGACUAUUAUUCAAGGAAAGAGGAACAAGAAGUGCAGGCAUCCUCAGAGUCAGAAGUGGACUUAAAUGCUGAUCUUCAUGGGAGUUGGACCUUGGAAAAUGCCAAGGCACGUCUGAACCAGUUUUUCCAAAAGGAGAAGAUUCAGGAAGAAUAUAAAUACACUGAAGUGGGGCCUGAUCACAACAGGAGCUUUAUUGCAGAAAUGAACAUUUAUGUGAAGCAGCUGGGCCGAAGGAUUUUCAGUCGUGAACAUGGAUCAAACAAAAAGCUGGCAGCACAGUCCUGUGCACUUUCCUUGGUUAGACAGCUCUACCAUCUUGGUGUCAUAGAACCUUAUUCUGGACAGACAAAGAAAAAAAAAGGAGAAUCGGUGGAACCAUAUGAGGUCAUGCUGUCUUCUGACCUAGAAAAUCAACUGCAAAAGACUGUACGGGAACUGUCGCUGGAGACUGUGCCUUUGCCUGAGGAUCCCAGUAAUCCAGUUCUGAUUAAUGUUGGAAAGUUGGCACAUUUUGAACCAUCGCAGAGACAAAGUCAUAUGGGAGUUGUUCCGUGGUCACCACCUCAUUCCAACUGGAACCCUUGGACCAGCUGCAAUAUUGAUGAGGGUCCUCUGGCAAACCUCAGUCCAGAGCAAAUAAGCAUGGAUUUGAAAACUGAUUUCUUGUACCGUUUGGAGCAGGAUCAAGAAUUACAAAGGAUCCAAAAAGAGAGAGAGGCCUUACCUGUGAAGAAUUUUGAAAGUGAAAUUCUGGAUGCAAUCUGUCACAACUCUGUUGUUGUAAUUCGUGGUGCCACUGGUUGUGGCAAAACCACACAAGUGCCACAGUACAUCCUGGAUGAAUACAUCAAAACCAACAGAGCUGCGGAGUGCAACGUAAUAGUGACACAGCCUCGGAGGAUUAGUGCUGUUUCUGUAGCAGAGCGUGUGUCAUACGAGAGAGGAGAGCAACCUGGGCGAAGCUGUGGAUACAGUGUGCGGUUUGAAUCUGUGCUUCCUCGGCCGCAUGCCAGUGUGAUGUUCUGCACUGUAGGUGUUCUUCUGAGAAAGGUGGAGGCUGGGAUCCGUGGCAUUAGUCAUGUUAUUGUUGAUGAGAUCCAUGAGAGAGACAUUAAUACUGACUUUCUUUUGGUGGUGUUGAGAGAUGUAGUUCAGGCAUAUCCUGAAAUCAGGGUUAUCCUCAUGUCUGCCACCAUCGAUACUAAUAUGUUUUGUGAAUACUUCUUCAACUGUCCUAUCGUUGAGGUCUUCGGUAGAACCUUUCCUGUCCAAGAUUAUUUUCUGGAAGAUUGCAUUCAGAUGACUCAAUUCAUUCCUCCACCAAAGGAAAAGAAGAAGAAAGAGAAGGAUGAGGAAAGCGCUGACGAUGAUGAUGCCAAUUGCAACCUUAUUUGCAGUGAUGAAUAUGGCCCAGAAACAAAGCACUCCAUGGCUCAGCUGAAUGAGAAAGAAACUUCUUUUGAACUCAUUGAGGCCCUGCUAAUUUAUAUCAAGACUCUGAACAUCCCGGGAGCUGUACUUGUUUUCUUGCCUGGCUGGAACUUGAUAUAUACAAUGCAGAAGCAUCUAGAAAAGAAUCCACACUUUGGAGGCCGCCAGUAUAGAAUUUUACCUCUGCAUUCGCAAAUUCCUUUGGAGGAACAACGUCGAGUGUUUGAUCCUGUGCCUCCUGGAGUAACGAAAGUUAUUUUAUCUACCAGUAUUGCUGAGACUAGCAUUACCAUCAACGAUGUGGUCUAUGUUAUAGACUCCUGCAAACAAAAAGUGAAGCUUUUUACCACUCAUAAUAACAUGACAAACUAUGCCACAGUCUGGGCAUCAAAAACUAAUUUGGAGCAGCGGAAAGGAAGAGCUGGACGUGUGCGUGCUGGAUUUUGUUUCCAUUUGUGCAGCAGAGCUCGCUUUGAAAGACUUCAGACUCAUAGGACACCUGAAAUGUUUCGAACACCACUUCAUGAAAUUGCUUUGAGCAUCAAGUUGCUGCGGCUGGGAGGAAUUGGUCAGUUUUUGGCCAAAGCAAUAGAACCACCACCUCUGGAUGCAGUGAUUGAAGCAGAACGCACGCUAAGAGAGCUUGAUGCCCUGGAUUCCAAUGAUGAGUUGACACCUCUUGGAAGAAUUCUAGCUAAGCUUCCCAUUGAGCCUCGUCUUGGCAAGAUGAUGAUAAUGGGCUGUAUUUUUUAUGUGGGAGAUGCUAUUUGUACCAUCUCUGCAGCCACCUGUUUCCCUGAACCUUUCAUCAGUGAAGGCAAACGCCUGGGUUAUAUCCAUAGGAAUUUUGCUGGGAACAGGUUUUCAGAUCAUGUUGCUUUGCUCUCCGUCUUCCAAGCCUGGAAUGAUGCAAGAAUGGGUGGCGAAGAAGCAGAAAAAAGAUUUUGUGAACGCAGAAGACUCAGCAUGGCUACUCUUAGAAUGACUUGGGAAGCAAAGGUCCAGCUAAAAGAUAUACUUGUUAAUUCUGGCUUCCCUGAAGAAUGUUUGAUGACUCAACCGUUUAACAACACUGGACCAGAUAAUAAUCUGGAUGUUGUAAUCUCCCUGCUUGCUUUUGGGGUCUACCCCAAUGUCUGCUACCACAAGGAGAAGAGAAAAAUUCUUACCACUGAGGGGCACAAUGCGCUCAUCCACAAGUCAUCUGUCAACUGCCCUUUCAGCAGCCAGGACAUUAAGUAUCCAUCGCCCUUCUUUGUUUUUGGAGAAAAGAUUCGAACACGAGCCAUCUCUGCCAAAGCAAUGACCUUGGUGAGCCCGCUGCAGCUGCUUUUCUUUGCCUCCAAGGAAGUCUGGUCGGAUGGAGAGCUCAUUCUGGUAGAUGACUGGAUCAAGCUGAAGAUGCCACACAAUGUGGCUGCCUGCAUCACUGCUCUGCGUGCUGCGAUGGAGGCUCUGGUUGUGGAAGUGACUAAAGAUCCUGAGACUGUUCGAAUGCUGGAUCCAGCACAUGAGCGAAUGUUGAAUGUGAUCCGUCAGAUCUCCAGGCCGUCAGCCGCGGGCAUCACUCUGAUGGCUGCCAGUGCAAGGUUCGGGGAUGGUCCUCGCCCCCCCAAAAUGGCUCGCUAUGGCAGUGGAGGUGGUCUCAGAGGCUGGGGAGGCUACUCGCGUGGCUCCGGCUACAGAGAACCUGAAGUGAUCUCAGCAGCGUGAACUGUGCCUUUCGUCUGAGGCAGUGUUCAUUUGCAUCGCUCCUCCAAAAUAGUCACGCUUCCUUCUUCCAAAUGCAUGUGAAAGACAGCAAUUCUUUAAUGAGAAUUCAUUGAAAUUGAUUGCAGCCUGUGGAUUCCAGACAUUCAAAGGUCAGCUAGCUGCCUGGUGCAUCUAGAAGUAUAUUUACACAGAGGGGGUAAAAAGCCCUCCAGUGAGGUGUGGGUUCCUCCGUACCUCUCAGACUAGCACCUGGGAGGUGACCCUGAGCAGGGGCGAGUGACACGGGGUGCGCUCAGGGGCAGGUUCCUCUCAAAGGUUUCCUACAGUCAGGCAGUGUUGUGUAGGAACACCUGUGUGAGCAAGAGGAGAGAAGUGCUCCAGCUUACUAUAAAUGUGUGUGAAUGGGGUUUUUUGGCCCAAACUUGUUGGGCUCUCUUGCCUCUUAUUGCAUGGCCACAAUACCAGCUGUGCUGCCUGGGGCAGCAGCAGGCAGGUACUGCCUCUUGCAUGUGCCAUGUACUGCAGCAGCAGAGGAAGACAUCUGUGGGCACAGCUCGGUAUGAAUCCUGUUACAUUACCAAGUCUGAUGAGAUUAAACUCACCACUAAUCCAACUGGAAUGCUUAUUCAGAACCAAUAAUUAGUUGUGCUUACUGGGGUGUGGAAGAUGUUGGUGUUUGAGUGAAGUUCAAAGCAACUCCAACAUAUUUCGUAUUUCUAACAGAGUUCUUAAAACCGUAGGUAAGGGUGAAGGACUUUCUUUAAUCAAAACUGCUAAAAGCCAGACAGCACAUGAAGCUUAGAUACCCAGCUAUGAACUAUAUCAUCAAGUGUAUCAGUAUUCAUCUCCAAACUUCAAUAUGGGAUUCAUUUGGAGCAUGUAUUAUCUUCUGCGUCAUCUAACACAGUAAGUUCCCCAGUCCUUUUGGCUGAUUGUAGACUUUUCUGUAGACUGAAGAACGGUUACUCAGUCCAUUUUGGGUUCAGGAACAACCUGUUAGGGAAUCAGAAGGGAUGGAUGCUGAAAGAUGUGUUGUAGUGUUGGCCCCCUUGCCUUUCCACAUACGUAUUUAUUGCAUCCAGACAAAACUUGCUUUCCUUGGCUUGUCCCUCAAACAUUGUGUUAGCUCAGUUGCAUUACUAACACAAACCCAGAAACAUGAAGCAGAUGGCAAACGAUUUUAAAAAGAACUAUAGUUAAUAAUGUUAGUAUUUCACCUACAAGUCUGAAGUAUGAUCUAGUAUCUGUUAAAGCUUUCUAAUUUCCUUUAGCUCUUACUGGUCUUCAAAAGAAGUCAGCAUUUAAACAGGAGGAAGGAGAGACGGAUGAAAGGCGAGCACAGACCAGAGCUUAAGAGAGGGCCCCUCAGCAACAGGCUGUUCAGCACUGCCUCAGUCUUUACACAUGCAGAAACAGAACCAGAGGUACUGGGAAAAAUUCAGAUGAACUCCAGUGAGAUGGCCUCCCCUUGGAGCACAGUGUUGCCAGCGGUUCCAUGACUGAGUCAUGCUGUUUCACUGAAGGUUUUGUUCUGGUGAGGUCUUCAUGUGUAGUGGGGCCCUUUGCAGCAGCCUGCUUUCAACUACACAAUUACCAUUAGCAUUUCCAUACUUCUACUGGUAAGUUACUGGUAACUUUUAGGAGGUGGAAUAGGAUACCAGGGAUUAUCAAGGAUGUGUACAAUAUUCUAUGAUACUAGCAAAAAAUGGUUUUACUGGGCACACUUUGAUGUUAAGUCCUAGCUAAAGAAAUUCCCUUUUUUAGAGUAAAGUUGAUGUUUCUCCAGUCUGUUUACAAAAAUUAUUCUAAUUUGUAUCUGCAAAGCUAUUUUUCACUGUUACUGAAUAAAGACCAAAAUAAGUCACCUUAGCAUUAGUGCAGCCCUGGCUGUGACAGGAGGUCUCCCUGGUACUGGUAUGAUUGCAGUGAUGAAUUCUGUAACUCCAAGAUAGCUGUGCUUCUUGGGUACAGCUCAACACCAGAGCCCUGUUCAUUAACAAAAAGAUUAAAUGUAAUUUCAUGUUGCUUGUAAGAAUUGUUAAAAAAAAAUAUGGGUAUUUGAGGGUACAGCCAGAUUUAAUAACGUAUGAGACUGCAUAGUUCACACACCUGCAUUGGGAGUUGCUGCUGGGAUGGAGCUGGCAAGGAUACGGGUCCUGAGGAGCGCUCACGUCACAGAUUGCAGAGGGAGCAGGUGCCGCAGACUAAUUACAGUCUACAAAUUACAGCUUAGUUGGUUUUAUCUAUGUGCCUAGUAUUUUACAUAUUAAGGAGUGUCAAGCACAAAAAUGCUGCUUAUCAAUAUUCAGUCUGGUUUUUAAUAUCUCAUCCAUCAGGACCAUUAAGUGGGAAAGCAGUAAGCCUUGCCUGCACUUCCCACGCCAGAAAUUAAUAGCACAGUCUAAACAAGGAUUGACGUGCUAAUGAGGAGCUUAAACAGCCUGGGUACAGAAAACUGAAUAUUAACCUGAAAUGACAUGUACAUUUUUCAGAGCAAAAAAUGAGCUUGCAAUGAAUUUACUGUGUCAGUAAGUUGAUCUGUGCUUUGUUUCAAGAAACCAACCUGUCAGAGUGCUCAUGUUUCUUGUGCAACAAAAUCAGUUAUCUGAAACUCAGGAAGAGCUACCUGAGCCCCAGUAAGCUCGCUGUCUGGCGGUCAGAGCAGCCCCAGCGAGCACAGACACCAGUUCCUUCGCACCUUCGUACACAGUUUGCUAUGGUCACCUGACCACGCUCAGCAGCCACCGUUGACUGUUCUUUGCUGUCCCAACCUAAGGUACAUUUAGCUUUGUGUCUUGGGCUUUUGAUACCACAAAGCUCUCAUGAGGGGGUUUGGAAACAAUUGCAGAUUAUUCUGGUUUUCCGGUUCCAAGUGGAAAAGGAGAGGAGUAAAAGUAAUAUUGGCAAUAGCGUCAAACCCAUAAUAUGAAGGACAACACUGGUCAGUUGAUUAAGUAAUCUGCUGUGUUUAAAAACCUCUCACAUAAAUACUAACAAUGCUACCAACUCAUUAGGAAGUUGGUGUUAAAUCAACUUCUUAAUUUAUGGACGAUGUGCUUGCCUGCGUGAUUUUAAUGCAGCAUGGUGCAUUAAACAAAAUGUGAACGGCUCAAGUUUCAAAAGCCUGGUGAGCGGAACACAAAGCACAAAGGCAUAGAUUGUGUGUCUCUGCACAAGAGGGAUGAGAAACAGCAUCUUUGCUUUUGUCUCUGAGGUGGUAUUUAGUCAGUCACAGAGGAAAUCUAAGUGUCUGCCUUUUAUUGCUUUGUUUGAGUAAAUAUGCAGGUUAUUCUACUCUACACACUGGUACUCCAGGAGCACUUUGCACAGUGUACUCCAGGGUAACAACUGGAAAAAUGUCUUUAGCCAUAGAGAGAUCGCCACCAGUGGAGAGAAAUUCAACAUGUGAUCGGAUGAACUAUGCUAUGAUCCUUGCUUGGAGGAAGUUUAAAGGAAAACUAAGUGGUCAGUUGUGGCAUCGACAUGGUAUCCCAUCAUCUCCAAGGAGGAUAAGUCCUUCUCUUGAAAGGAAAUCUUUUCCCUUAAGCGGUUUCUUUAUAGGAAGAGUCUCUCUAUGGAGUUAUUUAGAAACAUUUGUACUUGGUCUGUAGAGCAUGUGUUAAAAGUGUGCCCACACUGAAUUGCUCCUAAGAACACUGACCAAAUUAGCAUUGCAGUUAGCUAAUUGAUCUCUUUUUUUGCCUUCAAAUAAAAAAAUAGGGUGAGUUAUGCCAGCUGGAGGAAAGUUCAUGUCACAGGUACAACUUUAUCAAGGUGAGCGGCUUAGCAUGCGAGAUUGUGAUGCCUUACCUGUCUCUGAAAGCAAAAUAAUUGAGAUGAAGGCUUCUAAUCUGGAAUGUGUCUGCUCACCCUGUGCUUUGACGGGAGAGAGAUCUGAAAAUGGCUGCCUACAAGCACUUUGUCAGUUCAAACAUUGUCUGCCAAGAGUGUGUGGCCUCGCUGUGUGCAGCAGAAGGGCAUGCUGCACUGGCACACAUGAGCUCUGAGACUCACUGACAUUUUCCAUCGCCUCAUUCCAAAUCUCCCUUGUUGCUUGCUCACCAGCUUCCUCGUGCUUUUCUCCUGACACUGUCAAGAGCUCUGAAACCUGCUUGGUAUUUCCUUUUGGCAAUAAUGGAAAGAUACAUUAAUGCAUCCUUAAAGCAAACUGGAUAAAAAGUCCUCACCAGUAGCUUUGCGUGAGGCUACGUUGGGUCUAGCAGGAUGAGGAGGUCCUUUAAAGAAGCAGGAGGUGCUGCCUUAGUGUUGGUGAAGCAUGUGCGUUUGCAGUGUGCCUGGGCAGAAAAGGCAGAGCUAAAAGGGCAAGUAACGGAUUCCGUUUAUCUGUAUUUCUUCUGCUGGGAGCUUUGCUUUCCCGCUUAGCACAAGCCUUCCUGUCGCAGAACCGCCAGCUUUAGCAGGAUGUAUGGCAGUGACCCUUCGCUCCUGGAGGUAAUGCCCAUUAAAACAGCACACUGGGACCGAGGGACAGCUGAAGGAGCGCUUUUGUAUUACUUUCGGAAUACUAAAAAGCAUAAAAAAACCUGAUGGAGUAAAAGAUAAAACUUGGUACCCAAUGCCAUGUUUUGCAAGAUACAUGUGAUGGUGUAGGCAUCAACCCGAACAAGGAAACGUGCACGAGUGAAUGCAGGUGUUCAGUGCUUGCAGGCUUUGAAUCUGCAAGGUGUGAGUUACUGAAGUGUGGCUGGAAAGUUUGCUGAUGCUCAUUUCUUAUUAAGCCUGUUACCUUAUGGGAGUGUUAAAUACAGUGCCGAUGUUGGUGUUCUUAUUAAAAAAAACGACCAACCAACAACAUCAAACAACACAUUUCAAUAUCCAUUAGGGAAGAGGGCUUGUCUAUUUUAGAGGUGCUGCUACUGCUUAACUUUAUGCUGCCAUAAAAUAUGUAUAUUUUUAUAUAUACAUAUGUUUUAUGAAAUUGAUUUUUCACUGAAUUCCUGCUAUAUUGUAUUCGAGUUGCACAGUAUGUUUUCCCUAGGUAGUAGCUAACAAAUCAUACUCGGCUGUUUAUUUUCACACUGAGAGUUUUAAAUCCCAUUAAAAGCUCUGGGAAACUUCCUGUUUCCUAUCAUUUGGUAAAAACCGUUAACCAGGACUGCUUUUGAGCUAUGUUUCAGAAAGACAGAGGUAGAUUAUCAGAGAAUGCAAUACUAAGGUCCAAUAAUAACAUCUGUAGUUGAAGUUUACAGCCUCGUAUUCUCCUGGGAAAACGACUGCAUGGUCUCCACUGUACCAGCUUUCUAAAGCCAUGUUCCAAUUAUCGUGUUGCUCAAAUGGAGUGUCCAUAGAGAAAUCUUCCACCCGUACAGGAAGGAGUGAGCACCACUUUCUACAUUUGAGCAACCUAAAAGAAAGGCAAAAGUAAAUUUUCAGAUUUACGAGCAAUUUAAAAAUGUUCCACCCUGUUCUGUUUCCUGCAGUCAGUUCAUUUUGCAAAGAGCUUUUUAGAUAGCAGGACUGUGUUUGGAAUUCCAAGUUUUCCUCCCACGCUGCCAUCUGCAAAGAGACAUUCAGAGAGACUAUAUUGGAAAAUACAUGAAGAACUGGGGUUUUUUCCUAGCUACUGUUUUUGUGCACGUCUAAGCUCCUGUCCUAUAGUUAGUGUCUGUUGUGUAGCUCCCCACUGUUUCUCUUGCCUUUUGCUAAAGAAAUUAGUUGCUCAAUGUAGACAACUGGAUUUUGGGGUUUUUUUGUGGGGUUUUUUUGUUUGUUUGGUUUUUUGGGUGGUGGGAGUGGGGGGAAGGGGAGUAAGAGUUUGUCUCAACUGCAUCAGCAUGCUUUUCAAGGAAAGAAAUUGGAAGAAAAAGAGAAUUCUUGACUGUGGUGAACAGAAAGAAUAAUAAUAUAUUUGGUCACGUACUCUGUGCCAUCUGCCACUAUUACAGUAAUGAUGGCCCAGAAUUCUCACCUGCGGAUGGAAAACAAAAAGUUGAAGGUCCAGGCCUGAAAAGAUACAUAGUAGGUGGUACCUAGGAGUCUGGAAAGACUUCCAAGGAAGAAGAAAAGGUACCUCAAGGCUUUGUGGUUUUUUUGUUGAUGUUACUUAUUGUAAAGCAUCCUAGAAGAUGAUUUCUCUUUCAACUGAUGGCCCAUUUUCAUGCUGCACUAGGGAUAAUUCUGGCGCAGUAACCACUUCAGUUGGUUCUCCCUGUCGUGCUCAGUGGCUCAGACCACCUACUUGCCACAUCCAAAUCCUGAAAAUACACUUUAGCUUCAUGAAAUACCAAGGCUCUGGGCUUUGGCUUGUUUGAAAACAAGUGCUGAAGUCUUAAACACAGCUCUUCCAGUGUAGCACCUUUAGAACAUUUGUUUGACAAACUAAUACAGCUGGAGCCAAAACUGCUUUGAUGGAGUUUGAUUAUAGAACCUAAAUCACCAUUUCAUGGUGGAUUUACUGUAAUUUUAAUUCUGUUCUUUCUUACACAGGAACUCUGCUUCAUUCCAUCCACCCAUAAGUGACAUUCCUGAAGAUGUUUUCUAUAUCUGUUUUCUACUCAUCCUCCACUUUUUACUCCUUCACUCUGCAGGCUUGAUCAAUUCUGGGAUUUGGUGGCAAGAAAGAAUUUGAGGAUUUAGGAAUGAUCUAAACUCUGCACGGUGGGAACUGUAUAAGCAUGGCCUGCCGGAUGCUCUCAGAGCAGAAAACUUCUGUGAGAAACUCCCAGUAAUGUCAUAUUUUCCAAGGCACUAUUAUAAAUUUAAUUUUUUUAAAAUCUUCGAGUGACUCAGAAAUCUGGCACUGUCUGAAGUAUGAGCUUUGCUGGUAUAGUAUGAGUAUCUGCUGUGGGAGGAAGGGUAGACUUUGACGUUAGGAGUUCUCCUAAUCCAAUUAAAGAUGAAUUUAAGGAACCAAGGUAGAAGAAAGGAGAAAGAACCACAAAUAACAGCUGCUGAUCAGAGUUCAAAAGUCUCAGGACAACCAAAGACCAUGGAUGUAAAAGUCAGGAUUAAAACACAGUACAUUAUCUAAUACAAGGACACAUUACGGUAAAAAGCAAAAAAACCCUUUAUUAUACUGGGCCAGAUACCAAAUAGAACAUUUUGCCCAAUAUACUUCUUAAAAUACAAAAUAUUUCUUAUCAUUAGUACUUCUGGCACAUAAUCACUCAAGUCAUAAUUAAGGACUUUAUACACUUAUUUACAUGAGAAAAGAGAUUUUUCUCCCUGACGCUGCCUAUGUAAUCCCACCAGAAGGUUUAAUCCAGUUUCACAUUAAUUGUACGUUCUUUAUAUUCUGUGUGCAAUGCAAGGCAUCUGUAGGUUAGCCCAUGAAUAUGCAGGCAUUGAAAACUGCAAUUUCAAAGUACUUACAGAUUGCUAAAUAACCUGGAAAACAAGCCCCAGACUAUUCAACCAAAACAAUCUUUUUUCCCCUCCGCUGAACUAUUUUUAUCUUAAUUCUUAUCUCUAAAAUGGUGGCAAAACCCCCACAUUCACUAGAAGCAGUAGAAUAAUACAUUCAUUAGUUUUCAUACUGAACCAAUGUACUUUCACCUGAAGACUAUGAAGAGAUCAUGCUGGAAAUGUUAAAUAUACAUAGUAGUGGAUUGAAUGUAAACAUUUAUUUACAGUGAAAUGGAUUUAUUGAGGACAGUAAUAAAUCAGUUGUGCAUUCAGAGGGUAGUACUCAGGCUCUGCGUUAAACAAGGCAGACAUCCAAUUAAAAAUGCCAUUAUUUUACGGACCCCACCACUGAUGAAAUACGGUUUGCUGUGGAGCUGCCUUUAAAGUAUGUAAUUUCACGGCAGGCAGUUGUCUGCCUAUCUGCACUACUCAAACUCAUCGAAAAUUACUGGUGCGGCUCAGCCCUUGAGCUGGUUUUGCCAAGUCUGCCAGGAGUUUUGGAAAUGUGCAGGGAAAGUGGUGGGCAGGCAAUCCCGGAGCUGCUGCCUUCGGAGGAGGCUCAAAAGCAGUGUGCGGUCACGCCUGACUUCUGCAAUGUGUUAAGGCAGCUGCACAGGCAUCCGUUUUUGCUUUCUAAAUGAUUUUAAGAUCUUAACCUCAUUUCAUGUAGACUGUUGAGAGUAUGAAUCUACACACAUGCCCUCUUGAGAUGCAAUACAGUCCUGCAGCUGCUCAUUCAUUAGCAUUUACCAGUUCUUCACCAAACCUAAACCAAGGCAGGACUGCUAAAGAUUUAAAUUUUACCCGUGUAGUAGCCCUACAGGAAAGGGCAACAUCAAGUGUUUUACUUUUUUAUAAUAAUGCUGUUGCAAGUGUUACAAAGCAUCAGGAAAAAAACACACAAAUUUUGUAAUGUACAAUUGUGGCACUUGUUAACAAAAAGUCAUUUUGGAAGGAUAACAAGCAUCAAACGUACCUUGGAAUAAUUAGGGGUUUUUUUCUUUCUAUUUUUUUCUCCUAAAUUUUCAGGGGCAUAAUGAACCAAAAGUGUUACUGGAGACGUAGGUCCUCUGUAUCUUCAGCAGUUCAGACAGCCUUACAAGUUCACUUUUUCCAGUAUUCAUCAGCUUGUCCAGCUGCUGGAUCUUCUUUAACAUUACAUUGAUAAUGAAUCAAUUCCAAACACAAGAUUUUAUAAAUUUCCAGAUGUUUUGUUAAAAUGGUGACCUGCUGCAGCACAAAAAAGUUCCUCAGUCAGAGCUGAUUAUUUCUCACAACUUUCAUCAUCAUCCCGGCCCCUCCGGAUGAUGCCACUGAAGAAUGGAAAGGAUAGCAUCACGUUACAGUAUGCAAGUGGAUACAGCAGCAAUAGAGAGCAGGAAAACUUUGUCUUUUUUUAAAAAAACAUAUAUGUAAAAGCUUGCAAAUAAUUUUCUUAAUAUGGAAAGACUGCAAAAAAUAUAAUUAAAUGAGGGAAAGUUCUGGCAUAACUAUCAUUUGUGGGAGGGAAGAGGAGGAGUAGGAAGCAUUCCAGGACAAUAAAACUUACCUGUUCUGCAGAAUAUAAUUGGUAGCAUACAGAACAAGCAAAACUUUCUUAAAGACAAGAAUUUGAGGUCGGUAGCAUUAUUGGAUGUUUCAGGGAAUCUCCUGAAUACAUCCUUGCAGGGAGAUAUGGCUGAAAGACAUGGGAACAUGUAAACAUAUUGCAAAACCAACUGUGCAAGCAGAAGGAAAGGCUCCUAAACUCAGAAUAUGAAAACUAAUCACAACAAUGGAACUAGCUUGGUUCUGUUCUUAGGAGAAGCCAAAUCAGAAGAUUUCUGGUACAUCCCUGACUGUGAAACAACGUUAGACUUUUAGAUAUUUGUAAUCUCUUGGAAUGCCCCUAUGCUCAUAAACAAACAAAGCCCAAAAGCCCUGGAUCUUGCACAGAUUGAUGCAAGAAAGGCAGAAUGUGUAUUUUAAGACAGAGGUUUUCAUGUGUUAUAGGUCUUGAGACCCAUCUCAUUUGACCAACCAGUCUCAGAUGAGAUAGAAGAAACCCAAAUUAAUCAACUACAUUUUGCUAAUUCUCUAGUUUGUAACCUGAAUCUCGAAGAGCCAGGAGAGAGCUUUGAAGCGCUUGCUCACAUGCAUACCGCACACGCAUCCAAACUGCUUGGAUCAGUUAGGACAACAGAUGAGCAGUAGCGCCGGUGUUUACUGCGUGACCUUUUACAGCUGCCAUAAAAUGGUUCCUCCUCCUCCCUCAGGGCUAAUGCAGACAUUUGGUUUGGCUAGCAGAGCUGGCAGGCUGCUCGUAGGACUAGCCAGAGAGUCAGCAAUGCUUCUGGAAUGGAGUUUGGCUUUGCUCAUCAUUUGGGCGAGGCAGUGGUCUGCCACAAGAGGAGAAAAAGAGAAGAGGUGUUAAAAAAUUAUCACACCUUUGUCUUUAAAAACCUGUUCUUCUGGUGCACUCGGGUGGGAGAGCUGCACUUGGAUUAGCCCAGCAGGUGCUGGGUGGCUCUGCUACGCUGGUAAAGAAGAAGGUGAGCAAGGGCGAUGAAAAAACAGAUGGGUUAAGCCACACUGACCAACAAGAACAGACCGAAAAUAGACACCAGUGGGUCAGCAUCUUCAUCUUGUGCCAAUCCUUCCCACAGCAGAGAGAUAAAGAGCCUGUCAAGGAGCUCACUAAGGAACUUCCAACUUCUUCAGCCCAGGAGAGGCACUGGAGAGGCUGUCAGCCUCCGGAGCAUCUCUGAUGCAGCAGUUAUCACAGAAGUUUGUCUCCAAAGAGCUUUUUUUUGUUUUUCAUAGGAGUGCCUGUUUUCACGUUGUUACAGUGGUUCACAAAGCAUCUAUAGGAGGAUGUGGAUAUUAGGUAGAAGUUGAAGGUGCAAUGCACUUUGAUCUUGGCUUUAUGUAAAUUAGGAUAAAUCACGCAGGAAGAUGUUCCUCUGCAUAUGCUAGUGACUGCUAAAAAAAGGAUCACCGUCAUCAUCAGACAGUGAGAGACUCAGAGCUGGACACUAGGUUUAAUAUCAGUUUGUUCUCAAAACUCAUAGUGAACAGCCACCAAAGCAGCAACAACAACCAUCUCACUAACAUCAAACGUAUUAAAAAACCUGAAAGAGGCAAUCUUAACGUUGGAUGAAAAGCAAGCAGUUACUGCAUUUGUUUGGAAGCAGAUCCUCCGUGCUCACUCUUGGCAAUAACACAAAAAAUUUUUAACACCCUGGAGAUGAUUUACUCAUACAAUACUUUGAAUAUUAUUACCAGGAAAGACUUCAACAGGUACGAAACCCACUGUGUAAAUGAAUGUUGCUGUUCUCUGCUGGGAAUCAUGCAUUCCCUAGGUUCCUCUAACUGCAUGCUCGUAUGACCCUCAUCUACUCUGUUGUUAAGGGUCUGCAAUUUUUGAAGUAGGCUAUAAUACAUAAAGUGAGAAAACCAAAGUCAAACCAUUAGGAAAAAAAUCUGCUUAUGAAUCUUUAUUCUAAGGGUGAGGCACCAAAAAUGAAGCAAAACAAAUCAACAGCUAAAUGUGAAAGCAUUUUCACAUUUGCAGACUCUUGAGACCUUGAGAUUAAGAUUUCUUUCUCUUCCGUCACUCAGUUCAAAGUCCAAGACUAUGUUUUUCAAAACUUAGAAAAACUUUUGUCUUUUAGAGUUCCAAAUUCUUUACUCAACAAAGUUUUAAAACAAUUUAGUCUUCAUUAUUUUGCAAAGGAAAAUCUCUGGGAUUCAAACUGAUUGCCUUAGAACUGUCACUUUAAAUUUAUCACUGGGAACAAAGACAAUGUUGCAACAACCUUAUCUCCCUGAGUGGUUCUCAAUCGCAAGGGUCAUCAGGAUCCAUACCAAUGUUGCCUACUUGACAUUUUUGACUGAAGAGAUGUUUUAAAAUGUCCUGUCAGCUCUCAAGAUAAAUUGCUGAAGCUUUAAAAAUGCCAUGCACCGGGAACAAUAAAGCGACAAGGAGCAACGCCUCUGGAAGUAACAAGAAUCAGGUGGGAGGACACACAGCUUGAGUGAGGAGACCAAGUGCCACUUUUCUGUAGAGCCAAGGAUGGGCCAAUAGAAACUGAUAAAGAUUUCUACAUGAGAUCAACUCAGCCAGACAAGCUUCCUAGCAAUGUGACAUAGAUUUACUCAAAACUCAUGUUCAGUUUUACUGCAUUUUAGCUUCAGGUUUUCUAUGUGGUUCCUCUUACACCAUUAACAACACAAAGUACACUUUUAAAUAUUUAUGCUGUGGCUACAGCUCCUCAGUUAAUGUUGUAUCAUCUAUGAAUGGCAAAAUAAUGCAAAAAGCUAAAUGCCUUACAACUUCCAACACCUGGGCAAUUCAAAUCCAGCAUCACCCUUGUCCCUCUCCAGGCCGGGCUUCCAACAAUGUUCUGCCAAGCUCCAGUUCCUCCAGAACAUUAUCAACCAGUUCUCUUAGUGUAUUUCAAAAUAAGAGGAAAAUUGUUUGGCAAAAGAUAUGGAGGCUUUUUGCUGACACAAUGAGCUCUGAGGUGGCUUGCAAGUAACCUAAUUUAGACAAAAGCCUACGCAUGUUGGUACCUCUUGACGUUAGCAUCAUCAUGUGCACAAAGAGCUACAGAGGCAGAUGUAGCUGUAUGAUGUUGCGAUUCAACGCACAGAGCUGCUUAAAUAACUGUCUAUAGCAUUAAACUAAAAAUCAGUAUUUGUGAGAACAGCAUCUCACCCUGUCAUUCUUCCCAGGCAGAGUGUUUUUGAGUCUAUGUCCAGUAUGCUGGUAGCUAUAGUCACUAUAUAUAUCUACAAGUGAGCAAGAGAAGUGUGUUUAAGCUGUCCCAAAUGCUGGUUUCUGAAUGUACAUUUUUAAAGGAUGGUUCCUUUCCUCACGGCCUGUGACUUACGUCUUCAAAGUUGUCUAAACAAUGCAAGUAGCUUACUUGGCUUUCCCGCACUAUAAAACUUACUUUGAGCUGCAUCCAGCUUCGAUGGAGUGUUUGUUUUCAGACUGAAACCUUCCCAGUUCAGCCUUGGUAAUGGUGACCUUCAAACUCUGAGUGGAGGCUCUCCAAAAGAGAUCAGUGGAGGAGGAGUUACUGUAAACUUAAAUAGGGACUCAGGUCUGGUUUGUUUUGUUCCAAGUAAACAAUCUUUGUCAGGAAAGCAAGUUUAGUGCCUGCAAAGACAGGUGUGUGUAUAAGAACAUUUAUACUAUUUCUCCAUAUGCUAAUGGAGAGAUUACUUACUAAAAUGUACCCAAUUCUCACAUCCAGCAUUUUUACAGUGCUGAAAAUUUGGAGAGAGUUCAAAGUGAUUAUGAAGUAUCAAGGUCAAAAAUGGGUCUAAUGAAAAGACUUCAGCCUAGUUAGCUUAUUCAAGAGAUGGCUGGGAACCUAAUCUUCAGCUGAAAGUGUUUACAUAACAGAAGUCUUAAAAGAGAACGUUAGUUGUCUUUCUAAGAAAAAAAUAAUAUCUCUAAUCACAACAUACUGUGCUUGGUAAUGCUCAUCCUUCACUGAGAGAGACCCGUGGUGAAAUUCUCUUAUAUUAAAUACACUAUAUCGGUCAUUAGCCUACUGAUUUUAACAUGAGUUUUUAUGGAUCAUCAGGAUACGUAUUAUCCUGGAUACCAUCAAGGAUACAUAAAAUAGAUGGCCAGAGAAGUUAUCUCAACAAGUAUCCCAACAGAAGAUGUAAUUAAAUCUUGAUGAUGACAUGUUCUGGUCUACUCUUGCAGAUCCCAAGCCAGUUUUCUUUCAUCUUUCCAAGAGGUAUUUGGCCAUUGCAUUGCUGUCAUCCUCUGCCUAUAGACUAUCUAUCUUCUGCUCUGCUGUUGUAUUAACCGGGUAGUGUAUCACUAUUUUAAGACCCCGGUAACAAGGUUGGUUCUGCCUCUUGACAGCUCCAGGACUGCACAUACCUAACAAGGGUGCUUGUUCUGUGCCACCCCUGGUAAUCGUUCUUCAGACUAGCCAGUCACUGGAGAAUUCCAGCUCCCCAAGCUCCAGGAAAUGUGAAAAACACAGGAAGUUAUGGUGUGCAGCUACAGAAACUAACGUGCUGGGAAGAGUCUUGGUGGCACUGUACGGACCACGGUUUGAAAGAGCAUUAUGGUUCAGGCUGGGACAACAACCAAACAGACAACUGGCAAUCUGUCCUUGUUGAGAAGACUUGCAAUCUUUCUGUCCAGUUCCAGGCAGCACAAGGGUAGUAAGCGCUGCGCUGUCUUCCGCACAGCCCAUCUGUCAGCUCAUUUCUGUUUGCCUUUUCUAAAUCGCUAUAUUCUACAACACAUACUGAGUUUUCAUUACUCGAUACUCAGCUGAACAGUAUCAGCUGUUACCAAUACAUUUAAUCAAGUUUUUUCUUCCUGUUACAACCCUAUUAAAAUUUUUUUGUAAUAUCUCAGGAUAAACCUGUAUAUGUCUGAUCUACCAAAGGACACUGAAUUUGUCCGUUGUUGAUCACACAGAUCAGUUUAUAAAGAACUAGCACUGACGAGUCCCUAAACACACCAAAUGUAGGGCAAAAGAAAAAAAAAAAAAAGCAUGUUAAUGACUUAAUAAUGAGUGUGAAAUGUUUUUUCCAGUGCCCCCCAGCCAUGCAGGACAGCAGGAGGCAUUCUUACUGACAGCAACUGCAAGCACCGUGGGGGAGUGAGGGAGCGGCUGCCUGGUGCGUGGUUGCCAGCUGGGGUUAGACCAUGACGGUGCCACCAGGUCUGUCCCUCACCUCUUCACAUUUGAGCUUCCCCAAAGCAGGAAUCCGAGAGAAGCCUGCAAAAUGAGCUCACAUAAUUUAGCAGAAAUAAAAUAGCAGAAUGAACAAUUGCUUCAUUGAGCUAACUCCUGUUUAUACUCUGGAACUUGAAUACAUUGGCAAUCCCAACUACAGGAUGCGAGGAGAGUAACACACUGGGAGAACAUCUGCCAUCCCAACUGCGACCUGGAAGGAAACGUGACCGUGAGUACUUGGGUUCAGUAUGAGAAAAAUGCUAACUGUCUGUUGUACACUUCAGGGGACCGAUGAAGUUAUGUGUCCUCUGUUUGUGCAGCUUUUUUUCUUUUUUUCCCUUCUGUUCAGAAAGCCAGAUGUUACUAAACUGUGACCUGGCCCUGUGACUUCCAGUGAGUGAAUAUUCUUUAUUGCCUCUUGUCCUGAGAGACAGAAUUUUAAAACUGGGCACCUGUACUUGUCCACAACUGAGUGGGAGAUAAGGUGAAAACUUGAGUAAAAGCUUUCAAGCCUGACUUCUGCAGGUGAACAAACCAGGAAAGUCUCCUGCAGCUUGGCUCCUUUGGGACUUAACAGCCUCACAUCCAGGAGGGCAAGGAAUGUCUGGGAGACAUAAACACAAGGCAUCUGAAUCUUUGCGAGAAAACAGGAGCAGGAGGGACUGACAUUACCAUCCCAUAAAGAUGUCACCUAUCCUCUGUACCCUCUCCUGGUGCUUACCAUGUGCCUGUGGGCCAUUGCCUGCAGAAAUCAAUGUUUUGUCAUUAUUGCUGAUGCUGAGACUGAAGCAGCGCCUGGCUGGUAAGAACAGAAUUGAAAUCCCACCUCGCACAGCAUACGGGCACUUUGGGCAGUAGAAAGAUGUGACGGAUCCGUUGAUCAAAGUUGCAGCAGUUUACAUGCUUCAGUGGAAUCACAGAGAUUAGGCCAGCUGGGACUGUAGAGUAUUUGUUCUGACUUGGUAAAAUAAAGUUUUCAACCAAGAUAGAAAACCAAACCUAAAGCUUGGCUUUUAUCUUCAUAAAAAGAAAUGGUUUAGAGCAGGUUUUUUUCCAUGCUCCCCAAUGCACUACUGGAGACUGCAGCGUGGAUUCUUUUCACAUCCACCUGUAAAAGCAUCUGAAUUUUAUCACCCAGCCUUCCUGAAUUUUGACUCUUUUGCACUGACUCUUUGGUGAAUCUGCUGACUUGCUUGCUUCUGUUUAAGUGGUUUUGGUUAUUUGGUGGCGGAGGAGUGGUUGUCUGCUGCAAUUACUGUUGUUUUGAUUGCGUCCACUGAGAAAAAUGGUGGGGCCUGCGGGAAGCCCCUGUGUGAUGGAGAGCAGGGCAGGAAAUUGCUGGAAACUUCAUCUGAUAUUGCCCAAAGCAGCCAGAUUGUGACAAAUGACAUUUUGUAAGGUUGCUCGGGCAGCUCGUCCAGUGGCUGGUAACUCUAAGGCUGAUGGCAAGCAUGGGGCUUUUCUGUCCUUCAUUUUUUAGUGUAAACUGACAUAUAUGUACUGGUAAUGAAAUGUUUGGUUGUACAGCAGUUUUCAUCCGGGGAUCGUAGCUAUUUACUUUUAUUAGCAAAUCCGGGUUGUUUUUCUCUGUGGGGCUUACUUUUAUCAGUCUGUUUUAAUAAUUGGCACCCAUGGAGCAACCAAGCUCCACUAUCACAGUCUGAAACUUCUAAGCAGUUUACCUUAGUGUUAUGCACUCAGAUUUUGCCUGUGAACAAAUGCUGAUGCUAAAUCAGUGUGUGAAGACUGAUAAUUAAAGUGCUUGUUGCCCCGUGA